GAUGGUCCAUUGGAAAUGGUUCCAAAGGCCUUUCUGGCUUCCUACAAAUACCCACAUUCCCCUCUCCUUCCUUUCCCAUCAUUCACUACCCUCAUCACUACUACUACUACUUCCUACUCUCUCUCUCUUCUGAUCCUCUCUCUUAAAACAUAUAUUAAAACUUACCAUAAUUAUUAUCACAUCACCACUGCUGCUGAUCAAUAUUUUUAUUCCCCUGCAACUUGCUCCCCCAGUGGUCUGUCUUGAGACCUCUGUUGGAUGCUGUUGCUUUUCUCCUAAGAUAAUUAAUUAAAAAAACAACUACAAAAAAAAAAAAAACAUGUCUGGUUCUCUAAGCAAAAGCAUUGGAUUGUCCACCUCGUUCGUGAAGAUCGUGGAGCAAGAGUGUCCAUCUUCAAUGGUCACCGGAGGAGGUGGCGAAGGGAAGCAGGGAAUAGCUGUGGCUAUUCUUGGGUCUGAGGAUCAUUACUGCGAAAGAAGCAGAGCUUCUUCUCUCCGGCGAACACUGUCAGCUGACAUGUCUUCCAAGACAUGGCUUGCUCAGAAUGGACUGCUAAUCUCUCCCAUGAAAAAGAUUGCUUCAUCUAAAGAACUCGUUUCUAUUCCAUCUCGUCGGCUUGACUCAUUUUCAUCCUCAGAAGAUGAUGAUGAUGAUGAUGAUGAUUAUGAAAAGAAUAGUAGUACUAAGGCUGAACAAGCUGGAGGAGGAAAAGGAGAGUACGAUAUUUGGAGUUUGAUAAUUUCUCAAAAGGCUAAAGAAGAAUCAAAAUCUGCUGCCUCAACUCCUUAUGUUCACCCACUUGUGAAAUCCAGAGCAAGUUCUUUGAGUGAAAACAGCCUCAAAAUUUGCACUGAGAGUCUCGGAUGUGAAACCGGCUCUGAUGGGUUUUCACUCACCGGAGACUCAUCAUCAUCCGACAUCGAAAUUACUCAAGAAGAAGAAAAAGAGAAAACACAGCUUAAAGAAGCAGUUGAACAAACUACUCCCACUGUUGUCACAAGAAAUAAAUCGGUCACUCCUACUCGAUCGUUCCCACCGCCGCUCACUUCUCUAUCUGGCGACGGCGCGUCUAAGGUUCGCAUGCAAACGCGCCGCGACAAUGGAAGGCUCGUUGUGGAAGCGGUUUCUGUUCCGUCUCAGAAGAACUACUUCGCGGCUCAACGCCAAGAUGGCCGCUUAGUGCUUACCUUUGAUGUCUCAGCUGAUGAUCUUGAUGAGAAAGAAGUGAAAACCGAAGAAGAAGAUGUGGAGUUGAUGAAGGAGGAUGGCGAGUUUGAGGAACAGUUCGGAAACUGCUCUGAGGACGAUGAGGACAACAAAGAAGAUGAAGAUGAAGAUGAAGAUGAACAUGGGUAUGAUGAUAAUGAAGAAGAUGAUGAAAUAGUUUAUGGUGUUACAGAGGAAUCUUCAAAACUAGGAUCACCAAGGGUUAUAAAUGUCCAUAGAUUAGCCUUAAUGAUGAACAAACCCAUAGGUUUAGCAAAUAUGAAUCUUUCAACAACAACUCCAUGGUCCAAAAAAUUGAAUGAAGAUUAUGCUGAUGAGGAUCAGAAAAUAAUUGCGGCUCAAACCACACUCGCACAAUCUCUCCCACCUAGACCUAGGCCUGCGGUGGGCCGACUCAUAGCCUCACCGCCGGCAACAUUGGCAAAGGGUGCUGCCGCCGCAACGGCCUCGUUUAACGCUUACGAGUACUUCUGGCGGCGGUCUAACCCAACAGCCACAACCACUACUACUCUAAAGAUGAACAAUUGUGUUUACAACAAUAAAAUCAUGAAUAAUCAUCAUCGUUUGGAGCCACAAAUGCUGGUUUUGAGAGGUAACAAAGGAGAGUACAUGGUUUCAACGUUAAAGGGUUGCAAAGAGCCUAGACGGACUCUAUUCUGGGAGCCUUAUUGCAUUGCCACUUCAUCAUAAUAAUAUCAUCCAUUGUUAUCGAUCGAUGGUUUCACUACUUAAUUAAUUACUGAUAAUCCAUUAUAUUGGCUACCUUAAUCCGAUAUAUGUAUAUCAUUUCUCAAUUCCUAUGUUCUUCAGUUCUGUUAAUUAGUCAAUCCAAGGAAAUAAAAAAAAAGGACAGAGAGAGAGUGAUGCUUCACUUUGAUUAUGAUCAAAGAAAGAAAAGUGAUCACUAAGUAAUAUGGUUGUUUGUAUCAUAAUAAUUUUAUAUAUAUAAAAUUUAUUAUAUAUCUCUCUGUAUUAGCUUCUAUAUAUGUAAGGGUUUGACCAAGUGGGACUACAUGUCUCAACCCUGCAGCAUUAAUGUUUUUUCACUAAUUAUUACAUUUGAUAUUGGCUUUUUUCUA